ACGGUGCUUCAAGGCUGACCCGGUAUAGGUACUUAUUACAUCAAGUCUCGUUAAGAGAUGUCCAUUCACUCGUACCGCUAGAUGACCAGUAUGGUUCGCGCAGCUCGCGGCGGCCAGAUUGGCCCCGUAUCACGGUGCGGAGGUGCCAGUGAACGACCGGCAAAACUCACUAAAAAAUGUGUCCAACGUAUCGGUUCCAUGCAAUGAAACGUCGAAUCGUGUAUGGCCAGGUUUGAUCACAAUGGCAGCGCUUGUCCGUCUUAAACGUGGCAGCGUCCAGUUGAGACAUGCGGCGCUUGAAAUGAAAGCUGCUGUACGAGCGCGACACAUCGUUGCUGCGCUUGUUGCAGUCGGAUUCGCUCUUUGCGGCGCGGUGGAAGUAAGCUCUUCGGUUGCAUUGCUCGCAAAUCAAAAAGACAAUCAUGCUAUCAUCGACACAUCGUGGCACUGCGACAUGCUGGUCAAUGUCAGCAGUCGGAAUCGAACGGAAGACUUUGAAGUCAUACUUUUGGAGUUGCCACCAGAAGAACGCACGGAAUCUAUAAUGAGAGAGGCAUUUUUAUGGGGCCAAGUUGCUGGCCCAAUUCUAGGGGGAUGCUUGGUUUGGGGAAGAUCAGGACCGUCUAUGGCGUUCUCUCGUGCCGUUCUUAGCGCCUGUUUAGCAUCUUUGCUAGUGCCAGCUGCGUGGAGAGGUCCGUUUCAUGUAGCGCUUCGUCUGUUUCAGGGAUUAUGUACAGGAGCAACAAUGCCUGCUGCUCACAUGCUCGCGAUGACCUGGUUUAAGAGCAAUCAUAGAAGCUGGUACUUCAGUUGUUACGCUGCUGUUAGCGUUGGAUACUGCCUAACAGGUUGGUUAGGAACAGCCGUUGUUCGAAGUUUCGGUCGAGACUCUCUUUGCUACGGUCUCGUUAUCAUUGCACUUUGUUGGUACUUCGCUUUCGGUCGAUUCGUUAAGGACACUCCCAAGUCUUACCAGCACGAUACAAAUGCAGCUGUCAUCCCAUGGGGUAAGUUGCUGCGUUCAGUACCGGUUUGGGCGUCCGCAGUGGCAACUAUGGGUAACCAAUGGGGAGAUGCAACUCUGGCUCUUGGUAUGACGAAGUACUUGAAACUGAUCUAUGGGUUUUCUACAGCCAAUGAUUCUGUUCUGACGACGUUACCCCAUAUUGGUCAUUUCAUGGCAGCUCUAACAUGCGGUUUACUCGUGGAUCACGUUCGCGAAUCUAAAAUAGUUUCCACGACCACUGCAAGAAAGUUGGUCGUUUACACUGCUCAUUUCAUCCCAGCAGCUUUACUUUUCGUCGCCGGUUAUGCCGGUUGCCAAGCCUUAGGUGCAGCAUGGCUGGGUAUUGCCGCUCUCCUCGUUUCUGGGACUGCACCAGCAGGUGCACUGGCUGCAAUAGCAGAUCUGGCGCCUGUAGAGUCUCCUGCCUGUGCAGCAGCAGCGUGUGCAUUAUGCUCUACUCUAGGAGCAGCGGGAUUGCUAGCUGCUAAUUACUUUGUUACUCAGGCACUUCAUGGCUCUAUCGCAGGCUCGUGGCGACUAGUUUUCGGCGUCGCUUCUGUCGUUUUGUUGUCGACCGCUGCAGUCUUCCUGGCUCUCGGGAAAGGCACCCCGCAGCCAUGGAUUCCUUCCGUCGCUCGGCCGCGAAGUCACGACGCGAUUUAUGAGCAGGAAUCCUCCGAACUCGACUACGAGGAUGCGGCCGUGCAAACGGAACCAUUCAGUCCUUUCCCGGCGGAAGACGACGUCGAAAGUGUAAAGAAUGCGCCACCGACCGCUCAAAACUCUCGUUAACUUCCAAUUAAAUUCAUGCUCGUUAUUAAAAAUCCUUUUACUUAUGGAGUACAACAGAACGUUUCGUCGUGAGAGAAUAUUACUGUGAGAGUGUAGCACAAAUCUUUUAUAAUGGGAGAAUAUUGCUGGAAGAAUGACGCGGUUGCAAAUUGCACGUGUUUCCUAUGACCGCAGGUUUUCUUCCUUGCAAAUACUAUCAAUGUUUGUAAUAUUUUAUGUAUAAAAUGUCUAGACCAAUACGAAUAAACGUGAA